AUGGUGGCAGUCGUAGCUGACAACAUGGAGACCAACAAAGCCAUCGCUCGGAGAGUCCAUGUCCCUCUUGUAGGGUGCGCAGCGCACCGUUUCAAUCUCGCUCGGAUCGCCAAGCUGAAACAAAACGGCUGUGAUCUCAAGCCCGUACCAUUCCACGAGUUCCACUGGAGCGGUUGUUACAAAAUGCUACAGCGAUUUGAGGGCGUUCGCCCUUCUUUACAUCUUUUCAGAGACGAUUGCGGGGCGGAUCGAGAUAUUCCGGCAGGUGCUAGCCCCACCGACUUUCGCCGAGUUGCGUUAGUGGAUCUAAUUCCGUCUGUGAGCAAGCAGCGCAAAAUCGCUGCUUUACUGGACGAGACGACUGCAUUUGAUGUCAUUACUGGAACACUUCAGCGCGACGACAUUACAGUCGCAGCUGUCCGUGACAUUUUCGAUAUUGUGCUGGAUGAUUAUGAUGGUAUUUAA